GAUAGCAGCGGCUACUGCAAAAAAGCAUCAGGGAUCGAGAGAGAUCAUCAGAUUUGCAGUAUUAAUAGCAUGGGCAUGAGAUGGCAGCUGUACGAUCCUGAUUUUUAUACAGAUAUUAUUUUUGGAUUUGAAGUUGAAGAUGAAUCUGAUGAAGAAGUUUAUUUAUGUCGAUGUUCUGGUCGAGGGAAAUCUGAUGAGGAACGCCGGAUACCACGAAUGCCUCUUAUUAAGGCCAGUUUUCAAGAACAGCUACAAAACCUACCUACAUAUGGACCAGUUGUGAAGAAGGGUAAAGGUAGAGGCAGGAUGCUGAGGGAAAAAGUGGAAACCAUGCCUGCUGUACAUGUUAGCACAUUUGAACCGGGUUGUAAGGACAACAUAGACAGACCUAGACGUGAGCCUAUGUUUCUGGAUAACAGUUCAUUUGUGGAAAACACUGACUUUGCUGUCAAAAAGUUUAGUCCUUUUGCCAGUUUGUCAAAACAAACUUCUCAGCCACCUCCAAGUCCCCAAACAUUUGAGGAAGACUUCCCAUCCUUGUCAUCUUCACCACAAUCGGUGCGUAACCAGAGGCCAGUCUACAUGGUACCCAGGGUAUCGGACAAUGACAGUGAGUCAGCUAGUUUAAAAGAUCUCAACAGUUUGGCUCAAAUCUUCAAGGAAUCUGCCUCCAUAUCUUUCAGUUCAUUAUCCUCUUGCCCCAGUGACUCCUCACCAGAAAAGUCAGUUGUAUUUACAUCUACCUCGUGUAGAACUACUGCCUCAAGUGAUGAACAAGUCUAUGCAAGUGACAGCGAGUCCAGUAGGUCUAGUGAGGCAUUAGAAUGGAACAUUACACAGGGCCAUGUUGUCCAGCUGGAUGGACUGCCAAAAGGAUGUGACUUGUCCACAUUAGAGGAGCUUGUUGCCCAGUAUGGCACCAUCAAGGAAACUCAGGUCCUUCAAUAUGAAGCCUCGGUCGCUGUCAGAUUCAGGUUGACAUCUGAAGAUGCUUGUGAAUGGGUGGUAUCCUGUUUGGAUGGUACUGAUUGUCUAUUUCCAGAAUCCAAUCGAACCUUACAUUGCUAUAAGGUUGAAUGACCUAAGAAGAGUCCGUCGUUUCUACAUCUAGAUGGCAAAUCUAACACGACAGUUCUACAAGUCCCGUACAAUUUCGACUUUCAACUGGUCUGAACUCCUCACAAGAGUUUUAAGGUUAUAUAUUACAUCUUGAUGGGUGUUAAUCGUACACACUGAGACCAGAUAUCAUGUUUGUCAUUUUCAUGUCAUUCCAUAGGUUUAUGUUAUAACACAGGUUUCUGACUUUGGUUAGUCGUGGUUUAUGGUAAAGGUGUGCUUGUAUAUCCCAAGUAAGUCAUUGUUUAUGGUAAAGGUGUGCUUGUACACCCCAAGUUAAGUCGUGGUUUAUGGUAAAGGUGUGAUUGUAUAUCCCAAGUUAGUCGUGGUUUAUGGUAAAGGUGUGCUUGUAUAUCCCAAGUAAAUCGUGGUUUAUGGUAAAGGUGUACUUGUAUAUCCCAAGUAAGUCGUGGUUUAUGGUUAAGGUGUGCUUGUAUACCCCAAGACAGUAAGACGUGGUUUAUGGUAAAGGUGUACUUGUAUAUCCCAAGUAAGUUGUGGUUUAUGGUAAAGGUGUCCUUGUAUAUCCCAAGUAAGUCGUGGUUUAUGGUAAAGGUGUGCUUGUAUAUCCCAAGUAAGUCAUUGUUUAUGGUAAAGGUGUGCUUGUAUAUCCCAAGUAAGUCAUGGUUUAUGGUAAAGGUGUGCUUGUAUAUCCCAAGUAAGUCGUGGUUUCUGGUAAAGGUGUACUUGUAUAUCCCAAGUAAGUCAUGGUUUAUAGUAAAGGUGUGCUUGUAUACCCCAAGUAAGUCGUGGUUUACGGUAAAGGUGUACUUGUAUACCCCAAGUAAGUCAUGGUUUCUGGUAAAGGUGUGCUUGUAUACCCCAAGUAAGUCGUGGUUUACGGUAAAGGUGUGCUUGUAUACCCCAAGUAAAUCGUGGUUUAUGGUAAAGGUGUGCUUGUAUAUCCCAAGUAAGUCAUGGUUUAUGGUAAAGGUGUGCUUGUAUACCCCAAGUAAAUCGUGGUUUAUGGUAAAGGUGUGCUUGUAUACCCCAAGUAAGUCGUGGUUUACGGUAAAGGUGUGCUUGUAUAUCCCAAGUAAGUCGUGGUUUAUGGUAAAGGUGUGCUUGUAUACCCCAAGUAAGUCAUGGUUUAUGGUAAAGGUGUGCAUGUAUAUCCCAAGUAAGCCAUGGUUUAUGGUAAAGGUGUGCUUGUAUACCCCAAGUAAGUCAUGGUUUAUGGUAAAGGUGUGCUUGUAUAUCCCAAGUAAGUCGUGGUUUAUGGUAAAGGUGUGCUUGUAUAUCCCAAGUAAGUCGUGGUUUAUGGUAAAGGUGUGCUUGUAUAGUAACUGUCCUUGUCGUAGUAAAGAUUACAGGGACCCUUUCGUUGUAAUGGAAUCUGGUGCCAAUCAAAUGUUAUGAUAUGGAGAAAUAUAAAGAAGUAAAACUUACUGAUCAACCUGUUUGUCACAAAUCUUACACAAAUGUUUGUAGAUCAGAACUAUAGAAAAAACAGAUGAAACUAGAUAUAAAAUUUACAUGCUUGUUUUUUUAAUCAAAAUUUACAGUUUAACCUUGCUGCCCAUCAACUGUAAAGAUUUUGUUGACAAGACUUUUUUAAAACCAUUUCUCCAACUAAUAUUUCAAUCAUAUGUGUUAGAAAAGAUACCUGAAUGAUGUUGAUUCAGAUUUGCAAAAGAAGGCUGGCUCCUUUCUGGAUCCCUUCCAUGGGACCCCAAGAAGUAAAGGGAUGUCUGAAAGUUUUCGUAUUUAUUACUGCCAAACAACCCCUAUUUAUGUUUUAUUUUGAGAGAACUAAGCCAUUUAAAAAUGUACUACAUUUCCGUACCAAAAGUAAAUUCAAACUUAGACUGGUAACCAUCUUUGGUAAAGGAGACUUUAUUUAGUACUCAUGUUGGCUAAGCUUGGUCUAUUUUGCUGUGAAAAAAGUGCAUUUUUGCACAAAAAACAAUAGAAAUAUUUAAUAUAUUUUUGACAUUUAUUCAUAUAAUUUUGUUUAUCAUAAUGUUUUUAUAUUUAUUUCACAAUAUUCUGUUUAAUUAAUGUAAUAUGUAUGAUGCUACAUUAUGACUUGUGUGAUUGAUUAAAAACCUGUUUGUUUCCAA